UGUAGAGGGGCUGCAGAGGUAGGAGGGUCCGACCAGCGGAGGGUUUAGACCCGCAGCAGCCCGGAGUGCUCGCAGGGAGAGCAGGCGGCUUGUUCCUGAACCGAAAGCGGAGUUAAACCGGUCCUGAAGCUCGCCGAUCGCUCGGAGAUGCGACGGAGACGUUGUUGUCGGGAGCGCUCCUCCACAUCGCCAUGAAGACGGCUCCGUGCGCUUCCAGCUACCUGCAGCCUGCAGCUCGGCCCGUUUGAAUUAGACCUCAGGUCGGCUGAAGGGACCUGAUCUGCCCUGACUGACAGCUCAGGCAUUUUGCUGGACCAGAUGAUAUGAGAGGCUCCAGGAGGCGCUGAUGGAGCUCCAGGAGUUGGGCUGGCUGUGUCUGGUCUGCCUCUUCCUCGCCUCCUUGCUCAUCGUGCUGGGAUGGCUGUUCCAGUACUCGCUGGCGGUGCUGCGCGUGUGGAGAGCCAGGAGGACAGCUCAGCGUGGCAGCAGACCGGCAGCCUGGCAGAGGCAGCUCUCCCUCUCGCAGCCCUGCCACAGCCUGGCCGCAGGGGUGUGGGGCUUCCUGCUCCGGCUCCGCUCGGGCAGAGAUGGAGGACCUGCGUCUGAGGCCGGGGUCAAAGGCCUGUUGACCUCGCUGUUCUCCUUCAAGUCCUUCAGGGAGCACUGGCAGAGGACCUGGGUGAAGGCUCUGAACGAGCAAGCCUGCAGGGACGGGAGCUCCAUCCAGAUAACGUUUGACAGCAGUCUCCAGUUGACUGCUGCCUCUGCAAUACAGAGCGUGACCUGCACAGACCAGUCGGCCAACCGGAUGGUUUUACACUGUAACUGUUGGGUGGACUCAGUUACGCUACCUGUGACAGUCACCCAGCAGUCACAUGCUGCCGUUUCCAUGGACACCUAUCAGAUCAAUAUAUCACCUAUGUCGUGGAAGGUGGUGGUGUGCCUGGAGGAGGUGGAGGACGAGGGUCUCCUCAUUUCCUGGACUCUUCCCAAGCAGCCCUCGUUCUCUCUGAGCGUGUCUCCCUGCAAGCUGCAGACACAGGCCACUGAGGGUGAGCUGGACCUGGACAUGGUGAAGGGACUGAUAGAGGACACUCUGUUCAGCACUCAGCCAGCCAUGGUCCUCAACCUCAAGAACUUUGUAUCCAGCCCUUCGGUCCCUAUGGACCAUCUCUCAGUGGGACUGAACUCUGUAUCCCAGAGUGUCUUGGUGAGACGACUGCUCCUGCGGCAGCUCAGUGCGACCUUAAGUAAAGGCCAGUGGUCCCGGUCAGGGGAGCUGUGCUGCGUCCUGAGUCUGGACCAACCGUGUACGGAGAGGACCACCCGCUUCCUGUCCGUGCCCACUAAUCCCAACAUUGCACUCGAAUGGAGUGAAGAGAUUUCUCUGGAGCUGGGCCCGGGGACCAAAGAGCUCAGAAUAAGACUGCUGGAGCGGAGCGGCAAGAGGGAACAAUUUCUGCCUGGUCAUGCCUCCAUUGCCUUGGACCUCCAGAGCAAAGUUCCCACUGGACAGCACAUAUUAACAAUAAGUCCUGGUCAUGGCCUGGCGCCGAACGCGACCGUCACUGCUGAGCUGCUGUAUCUGGAAGCCGAGGAGCCUCGCAGCGUCCACAAUGCUUUGCCGCUGCGUUCCUCGCUGACCCCCACCAAGAAAGUCGACGUGGACCGAACCAUCAUGCCGGACGGAACCAUCGUCACAACAGUCACAACUGUCCAGUCUCGACUUAAACUAGAUCGCAGUCCAGGUGAAUCUCCUUUGCGGUCUCCGUCCAAGGUGGAGGUGACUGAGAAGAAACCCACCAUCCUGUCCGACGGCAGAGGCGGCAGCAGCCCCAACCCCAGCAAGUGCAGUCGCCUUUCUAAUGGCCUAGAUCCUGUUGCAGAGACCGCCAUCCGGCAGCUGACAGAGUCUGCGUCCAAAGCAGCGCGAAAGACACCAACAAAGAGAAGCACACUGAUCAUCUCGGGAGUCUCCAAGGUUCCGCUGUCAGAGGAUAACUGUGCUUUAUCAAGCGGCUACGCUGCAGCCAUGGAUGCAGCCAUGCACGGCAACCAUUACGGUGCGGGGCAUCACCAGGAUCCAGAUGAAACGACUCCCUCUGACGUGUCCGAGCGCCCGUCUGUGGACGACGUGGAGUCGGACACCGGAUCCACUGGUGCCUUGGAAACCCGCAGCCUCAAGGACCAUAAAGUGGGCUUUCUUCAGAGUGGGACCAAACUGUUGUUCCGCAGGAGACACAGAGAGAAGGAAUCCUGCCUCAGUCAGUCUCAUGAAGAUAUCUCCAACAUGGGAAAUAACUUCUCUCCUGCUGCUAACAGCAACCGCAAAAAGUCUGGCAGCUUCUCGCGGCGUCUCAUCAAACGCUUCUCUUUUCGCUCAUCGGGCAAAUCAAAAAGCAAAACUGCUGCGAGCAAUGGAGGAGCAAGCUCACUGGAUAACUGAAUUUCACAAAAAAAAAAACAAAAAAAAAACACUGUCUUAUCAGCAUUGUACAAAGGCCAAUGCAAAAGCCUGUUUAUAUCAUUGUAAGAAGAACAACUGCAGCUGACACCCCAGGUGGGAUGUCGCCUGUGCGUCCGGACAGGAGGAGACCUCUGGCAGGGCUCUACUCCAGAAGAGUAAUAUUGCACCUUCAGGACAGAAUCAUGUUUAAUCACAUUACUGAAUCCUGAACAUGAUCCUGCAAAUGUUUGAGGAAAAACAUGCUGCUUGAAUUGGAGGAAACAGAAAGCUACAUUGAAAGGUUUUGUGGCCUGAUCGAACACAGACGACUGUGGGUGUGUUUAGUUGUGUUGAUGGUGGUAGAAAUGCUCUUUUUUUUUGAUAAUGUAAAAUAACAUUAUAAUGCUCUUGGUUGCACUUUGAACUUUAAUGUUUUUUUUAUAACAUCUGCAUUUUGUUUAUUGUACAAAUCUGAUUUAUUAUGUGGGACUCAUGACACAAGUGCUAUUUAUUUUAUCCCCAGAAACUACUCAUCAUAGCUGCAUAAAACUGUAAAGACAUUUUUGUGUUUCUCCAUGCAAAUGCAAUUUAAACAGAUAAUUUAAGUAAUAUAACAAUAAGCUGACUUAUUCUAGCUGUAAUGUCCAUUCAUAAUUAUUCAUAUGUUGGGUUUAGAAAAUAAAUUAAUGUUAUGUCUUAUGUAAAGAGCAGAAACGAUAAUAUAUUUAUUGUAUUUUUAUUGCAUAAGUUGUGUUAUGUAAAAUACUAUAACUUUGCUUUUGAAACUUCAACCAGCCAGCAUCAAGCAAAACAUUUAAAAGCAGGGUAAUGAGUUUAAACAGUUUAAAUUCUGACUGUUAUCAGGUAUUGCUUUCCUCCUGGCUCUGGUUCACUAAAACUAUAUUGAUAAUCAUUAUUGCUGUACAGCAGAAGUCAUUAUAUUGGGCUAAAUGCUUUGCUAAAGUUGCAGGCAAAACAUGUUUAGCAGAAAACUCUGCCAUGCAGCAAAACACUCCAUAACAUCAAUAGAAAAUUCAUGCAUUAGGAGCAUUCUUGAAAUCCAAUGUUUAUAAGUAGUUCUCACCUGACUAACUGAAAUGCAACAUUUUUUUCUGUUUGGACAAAAAAAAAAAAAAGAAUCUUGGUGCGUCUCAAAGAAUGUUGAGCUGCUGACUUCAGUAUGAGAUUGGGUGGGGUGGACGUGCUGCACUCAGGGCUAAUGGUAAAUUGCAUCUUGCAUACAUUAACAACUAAAACUUCAAAAGCAAAGACAACUAGUAUGUAAAAAUGUACAUAUGUUUUGGGGUCUUUUUUUGUCUAAGAACAUAAUUUUUAAAACACAUCAAUGAUAAACCUUUUGAACAACCGAAUGACAUGAUGUGAUUUCUGGUUUAUUCCUUCUGUUUGCACCAACAUAAAAAUAUUAACUAAAAUAGAUUGCAGGGAUGGAGUCAAAAUACAUGUUAUGUACUUUACAUAACAUUGACAAAUUCAAAAUGUUGAACAAAAGAGCAAAGCCACUUCAGAAAAAAUAAAAAUAUAGCUAUGUGGCUGUAAUGUGAAACAGAAAAUGCUGCACAUUCUAACAUUAUGUAUGAAUUCUGAUGUUAUAUUUUAAAUAUUUAAUUUAUUGCAAAUAAAUUAUUUUUUAAACAUCA